UCUUACUCAAACUCAAAAGCUCUGUUCAUUUUUUCUUUUGGGGGAGUAUUUUAAUGUUGUGAUUCAUCAUCAUUCAUGAAUAUGAUAGCGCUCAUAUUCUGAGUUGGGAGGAUUAAUCUGCUGUUGGUGUUGGUGUUGGGUUUGUUUUUGUUUGUAGAAUCUGAUCUUCUUCCCCUCCUAAGGGGAAAAGGUCAAAAGGAUUACGAUUCCAUUCAGACAAAGUUUUGAGCUUUGGGAAAGUAGCGGGUUUUUUUGAUUGCGCUGCCUCGUUGGAUCUCAAAAAUACUCUCUCAAGGUACUCGUAUUUCUGGUUUUGCUUAUCUAUAUCUACCUUCCUCUUUUUGUUUCUCCGAUCGUCAGCCUCUUUUUCGUUGGUUGGUUGGUAUUCAAGUUUUGAUCUUUGAAUCUUGUAGAGAGAGAGAGAGAGAGAGAGAGAGAGGCCUUAAAACUAAAUUUUCUAUUAUAUAUCAUCGUCAUCAGAGAAUUGGAUCCUUGUCUGCGUGCGUGGUCUGCUUUUCUGUCUGCUGUCUUUAGAUUUCCAGAAAACUUUCAAGUUUCUGAUCAUGGAAAAAUAAAAAUAAAAAUAAAUAGAAAAAUAAAUAAGAAAAAGGAUUCUAGUUUCUGGGCUUUGGAAUCCGAAUAUCAGAAUCACAAGCACUAGGACUAGGAAAUUGGUUUUGAUUUAAAUUUUUCAAGUUUCUGACCACGGAAAAAGUAAACUAGUUACUGGGCUUUGGAGUUUUCAUAUAUAUCAGAAUUGCUACAACUGGGAAGAAGUUGGUUGGGUUUGGGUGAUAAUCAAUUGAUGGAGAAAGAGAGCAGUUCUAGGGGAGCAGCUAUGGAGAAACAACAAAGUUUCCGCGGAGUUGUAAUGGAGAAGCAGGCAAGCUUUGGCAAGGGAAUUGAGAAACAGAAGAGCUUCCGCGGAUUCAUGGAUAAGCAGAAGAGCUUCCGCAUAGUGAUGGAGAAGCAGCUCAGCUUCAUUGGCGGAGGCGACCGCAACAAGAAGAACAAGGAUUCCCCCGGUAAGAGAGGCGAUUCUCAAAUUCAUUUGGCCGCUCGAGCUGGCAAUUUAGCAAGGGUCCGAGAUAUUCUUCACAGCUGUUCUAGCAAGGAAUCAGUAGAUUGGUUGUCGAGGACGAAUCAGGAGGGGGAAACACCUCUUUAUGUUGCGGCAGAAAGCGGGCAUUCCGUGAUGGUCGGGGAGAUGCUCAAGUACAUGGACCUUCAGACGGCUUCCCUCACAGCAAGAAAUGGCUACGAUCCGUUCCACAUUGCUGUUAGACAAGGUCAUCUUGAUGUGUUAAAGGAACUUUUGCAUUUAUUCCCCAACUUGGCCAUGACCACGGAUUUGUCCAAUUCAACCGCCUUACACACUGCUGCCACCCAGGGGCACAUUGAAAUAGUAAAUCUUCUGCUGGAAACAGACUCGAACCUCGUGAAAAUAGCCCGAAACAAUGGCAAGACCGUGCUUCAUUCAGCAGCGAGGAUGGGGUACUUGGAAGUGGUGAAAUCCCUAUUACGCAAGGAUCCAAGUACUGGUUUUAGGACUGAUAAAAAGGGCCAAACUGCACUGCACAUGGCUGUGAAAGGGCAAAAUGAGGUGAUUGUGCUGGAAUUGCUGAAGCCUGAUCCUGCAGUUUUGAGUUUGGAAGAUAAUAAGGGAAAUACAGCAUUGCAUAUUGCCACAAGGAAGGGCCGUAUUGAGAAUGUAAGAUGUUUGCUAUCCGUUGAAGGUGCUAACAUCAACGCAAUUAACAAGGCUGGUGAAACCCCUCUCGAUAUUGCUGAAAAAAUUGGAACACCAGAACUUGUCUCUGUUCUAAAAGAAGCGGGGGCUACAAAUUCCACUGACCAAGGAAAGCCUCCGAAUGCUGCAAAGCAACUUAAGCAAACUGUCAGCGACAUAAAACAUGAUGUCCAGUCACAGCUACAGCAGACCCGCCAGACUGGAGUUAGGGUCCAAAAGAUCGCAAAGAGGCUGAAGAAGCUCCACAUUAGUGGGCUGAAUAAUGCCAUAAACUCCGCAACUGUUGUGGCGGUUCUCAUUGCCACAGUUGCUUUUGCAGCCAUCUUCACUGUGCCUGGCCAGUUUGUAGAGAAGGAAACUCCAGGAUUUACGCUUGGACAAGCGCAUAUAGCAAAAAGUGCUGCUUUUAUUGUCUUCUUCUUGUUUGACAGCCUUGCUUUGUUUAUUUCGCUGGCGGUUGUGGUAGUCCAGACAUCUGUGGUUGUGAUUGAGCAGACAGCAAAGAGGCAGCUUGUAUUCGUGAUUAAUAAGGUAAUGUGGCUGGCAUGCCUCUUCAUCUCGAUCGCGUUUAUUUCUCUCACAUACAUCGUGGUGGGAUCACACAAGUGGCUUGCUAUCUUUACAACAGUUCUUGGCAGUUCCAUCAUGCUCACUACGAUCGGCUCAAUGUGCUAUUGUGUCGUCUUACAUAGGAUGGAGGAGACAAAGUUCAGGAAUAUAAGAAAGGCUGAGAGUCGGUCCCGCUCUUUCUCUGUGUCUAUGGCGGCAUCAGAUUCAGAAAUUUUGAACAGUGAGUAUAAGAGAAUGUACGCACUUUAAGGUCGGUGUUUGGAGGGUCAAAACGGAAGGAUAGAAUGCCUUCUCUGUUUUUUUUAUCUUGGGAUAACUAUAUGCUGAAAUGUCCUCUUACCCUGGAAUUAAGAAGAUAUGGAGAGCACACAGAUUCGGCAUGCAUUGGAGUAAGUUAUUCAGGUCAUUCAGCUCUCCAUUUCUUGCGGCUUUAUGGUUAUGGUCAUCCUAGAAUUUCUGUAAAGAUUAGAAAGCUUAUCCUUAUGAAAGAGAGAGAACUAAACUUAAUGGCUGCUCUUGAGCAGAUUGGCACCUCUAUAUAUACAAAAAUUCUCUCAGGGCUUUUAUGCACGAUCUAUUUGUAGUGCAAUUGACGCAUGAUGUUUAUGAUUAUCAUAAUCAUGAUCCGCCUAAUGCAAUGUAAGUAAUAUUUGAUAGCAAUAGCAACUACGAGUUUUCGUUGCA